AUGUUUACAGGAAAUCGUAAUCCUCCAUACAACCCUCAAGCUUAAAACAAUCGCUAAAUCCACCUUGGAGAACCAGAAAAGCCGAUCUUUAGCAGUUUACUUUAACUAUAAUCACUGCUCUACUUUGAUGUUUACUUUUCACUGAUUUUGCUAAUAAUCAUGUUCUGCUUCUAUCUUUUCAAAUUAUUCGCUUUACCAUAUCCCCAGGGGUAAUGGGAAAUGGAAAUGAUAUUCUUGAUCACCUACUCAUUUCUUCAAUAUGCGAGGAUCGAAUCAGGAAGGAGGGGAAACAGAAUUGAGUCCUGGGGAGGUAUAGUAUUUAUGAUAUUCUUGACUGCAUUCUCGAUAUUUGCCAAUGGCUUUUUCAUUGGACUUUAAACAUAUGUGCUAAAUCUUGAGGUUGUAUUGCACUCAAUAGCAAUUGGAUUCGCUGGACUUGAAACUUUGCUUGGAAUAAUUUGUAUUAUAAUGUUUAUCAGAAUAGAUGGGAAACCCAAGGAAUGA